AUGGCACAUUAUGAUUUUAAGAAUUUCAUGUCAACUAAGUUUAUUGAUGAUUUCGGAAAAGAAUUCAAGAAACAUGAAGUGCUUUGGCAAUCAUACUUACUUAUGGACCCAAAUCGACUUAAGUCAAACUUUUCGACCGGACGGAAUCACAGUUCGCUGAUUCUUCUUUACAAACUAAUGGUUGCUGCUAGAACUUUUUAUUCCCAAGAAUUACAAGUUAAUAAAAUUGGAAACGCCGAAAAGGAUGAAAAUAAUGAUAAAAAUAAAAGUGAAAAUGAUACAGAAAAAGUAUUGGAUGAUUUGAAUAAAAGUAAACCUAGUCAAAAGGUUACAGAUGAGGCAGGGAAUAAUGAGAAUGCACCAAAAAUAAAUCAAGCGAAUGGUAUUGAUAUGGAAAAUGAUAGAAAUUAUGCACAAACAAAUAACUCUAAAGAUGUUUCAACCAGUGGCGGCUGGUAUAGUCCGUAA